UUUCCAAAGGUCUCUGUGCUGUUUCUUUGUGAUGAUCCAUGUCUUGUGCAAAGACUGUCAUUCACAGCAUCUUGAAUGUGGCACGGCUGUGAAAAACAGCAGAAUUAUAGGAGGUCAAGAUGCAACCCCAGGAAAUUGGCCCUGGCUGGCAUUUAUAACUGUUUUUAACCAGUUUCAGUGUGGAGGGUCCCUCAUCAGUGACCAGUGGGUACUGACAGCUGCUUCUUGCGUAACACCUCAAGAGUCCGGUGACACAGCUGUAUUUCUGGGCGUCCAGAAUCUAACAGGUCCAUUUCCAACUGUAGUGGGUCGAACAGUGAAUAAAAUCAUCUGCCAUCCUGACUACAGCCACUUGACCCACAAAAACGACAUUUGUCUGCUGAAGCUGUCCACUCCUGUGAAUUUCACAGACUACAUUCGGCCAAUCUGCUUAGCUGCAGAAAACAGCACUUUCUAUGCUGGGACGAACACCUGGGUCACUGGCUUUGGUAUAACUAGUAACCUCACGUUCCCCAACAUCCUGCAGGAGGUAAAUGUGCCAGUAGUGGGAAACAAUGAGUGCCAAUGUUAUUAUGAAGACGUGCAGUUCGCCAGUAUUACUGAAAACAUGAUCUGCACUGGACUCCAAGCUGGAGGGAAGAGCCCAUGUUUUGGAGAUGGAGGCGGACCACUCAUGAUCAAAAAAGAUUCAGUCUGGGUCCAAAUUGGAAUCGUGAGUUUCAGUGUCGGCUGCGCCCAACCACUGAGACCUGAAGUCUACACUCGUGUGUCGCAGUACACGAAAUGGAUCAGGGACACCAUCACCGACACAGAACCAGGCUUUGUCACCUUCACCUCUACAGGCACUGACAGCGACUUGAGCUUUAAUUGUUCAGCAUUUGUACGGCCUACCCCUGCUCCUGUUCCUACCACUGUUCCUACCACUGUUCCUACCACUCUUCCUAACACUGUUCUUACCGCUGUUCCUUCUACUUUUCCUAACAUUGGUGGGUGUAACAAUGUGUUUUGCAGUGGUGAAAAUCUGAUCCACUUCACUCACUUCACCUCACUCUUCGUUCUCAUUGCAUUGCUCCAUGUGUUUGUUGGAAGUGGUGAAAUGUAACUCAACCCGUGUACUCAAGUACUUUGCGUAAGUACAAGCUUUAUGAGAAAGCUUUAUUUAGUUACUUUAUUAAUGAAAGUAUGUAAUUAAAACCCUGUUAUUAAAGCUUUCUGCUAUGUUAUACAUCAGACUAACAUCAAACACAUCAACACCUGAAACAAUGAGCAGAUUAAUAUUUUGACACAAAAUACUUUUUGCUUUAAAAUGAUUUUUUAUCCUUUUAAGGUUUUAAGAUUUCUUAACUACUGAAUUAAUGAAUUUUUUUUUAUAAUUUCUGAAGUUUUGACUAUAUGUUGAAGAUUGUGGAGGGGAUACUACAUUUGCAAUUUUCAUUAACAAAAAUCAUUCCAGGGAGUAAAAUGAUCAAAUGCUGAUAUCAUACAGGGUCAAAUCAUGGUAUGUGGGGAAAUUUUGUUAAUAAAAACUGUUUAAUAAUUAAAACAGAAAUAAAGAAAACACAAUAGAUGUUUGUCGAUUAUUUUAUUUUAAAGAUGCUUUACAGAUUUACAGACAUAUACAUGUUAACAUAGCAGAAAAAAGCUGCCUCUGGACUGGAAAAUCUACCUGAUGAAAAUAUUUCUUGUGACUGGCCUACUAUUUGUUAUUUCCUGGUAUAGAAACUAUUAGCAUCUCUCUAUAUAACCAGACUUUUAGCUCUUCAUGAGUUUUAUUGUGUUGCAGAGUGAUGAGCAGGCCUGCCAGAGGCCUUGAUGAAAUGGCAUACAGCCUUUGUAGAAUUGUUUCCUCAGAUGUUUACGUUACUUGUGGAUUGACAUUUUUAGUUUUGAACAACAUAAUCUGUACUCUUAUUGUGAAAUGGCAUACUUAUUGACUGUGUGAAAUAAAAUCUGAACAAAAAAAGGAAA